CACUAGCUCGAUCCUGUAGUAACUUGAUACCAAAGCAAAACUUGCCAUGCACGCGAUGCCAUUCGCCGGCGUCGAUCACCGUGAGCUUGCUUGCACACCGUACUAGCUUAUAUAUAUCAUGCAAUGCGCUAGAGGCCGACCAAACCAGCUACCUAGCUAGAGUCUAUGAAGAACUCAAGCUUGUAACUACAGUAAUAGUCUAGAUCGAUGGGUCACCUUCACCUCAACAUUAACCAGGCAAGCUUCUGCCCACAAAAACUUGAGUCGUACAUUGGCAACCUGACAUCAUACUACACCGACAAGAGCAAUGAGCCCACCAUGGUGUCCGCCUCCGUCAUCAUGUUCGUCCUCACCGGCCUCUUCUUCAUCCUCAACCUCUUCAGCAGCUUUUCUGACGUCAGCGCCAUCCUCAACCCCAAAGUCCGCCUCUUCCUCUCCUCGGCGCUCUCCCUCUUCCUCCCCGUCAUGUCCUACCUCUUCUCCGAGGCCAAGAACGCGGGGUACUCCACCGCGAGCGCUCGCACGGCUGACCUGUCGCUUAUGGCCGGGCUGAUCCUGGCAUGGAUGCUUCUGGUGGAGCUCCUCCGCAAGAAGGUGGACGAGAUCCGCAUGCGCGGGUACUCGAGCACCAUCCAGCGCGCCGGCCGCGUCGCUUGGCUGGGAAGCCUUGUCUUCUUCAACAUCAAGAGCGCUGGUAGGAAGGCGGUGUUCAGCAUCCUUUGGAUCCUUUGUGCCACCAAAGUGGUGCAGAGAAUCGCCUUCACCGAGGUCGGGAAGCGUUCGUACGCCCAUGGCAAGAACGCCUCGGUGCUCACCUCCUACAUGGCUCAAAUGCUAGAACAUGGUGAGCAUCGUCAAGAGCGUCGUCUGGGUAGUGCUAACGAUGUGCUGAAGAGGUGCAAGUACAUUGUCAUGGGAGAAAAGGAAUUGGUGAAGGAGGCUACUGCAGAUGGCUACGAGUUGAAUGAGAUCACCCCUGAUGAUAGCAUCAUCACUGUUGGUAAAGUCUGGGAGCUUGCCGAGACAGAUCAACGCCUCAAGAGGCUCUGCCUCUCAUUUGCUCUCUUCAAGUUGCUGCGUCGAAGGUUUGAGCAUCUGCCGGCGAUGACGGAUGAAGAAGCCCACGACUGCCGGAACCUCAUCUUGAAUGGCUUGUACAACAAUAAUGGCCAAACCAAGGAGGCGGAGGCAGUGUUCCAAGUGAUGAAUGAUGAGGUCAACUUCCUUAGUGAGUAUUAUCACUCUGUCAUCCCUGUCGUCUUUGCGAGCCCCUUCUUCCUCUUAACAAACUACUUUCUUCUCCCCAUAGUCGUAACCGUCUUGUGCUUCAUGUCCAUUAUUCUGUGUGGCAACGGAGAUGUUAGCUAUGCAUUCGGUAGCCUCAGUGCAGACAACUACACCUUGCGGUCUGGAGUAGCAAAAAUAGCCAUAUGCCUUCUAGCCAGAGCCGCCCAAUCUCCCCCGGCCUUCUUUUCCAUAGUAGACCUUUCUACUACUGUUUUCUUAUUCAUCAUCUUCUUCUACGAGGAAAUAUGGGAAUUCCUUGUUUUCCUACUCUCCAAUUGGUUCAUGGUAUCAUUGCUAUGUAACUACACGGCCAAACCUCACUGGCGUGAGAGCCCCACCGUUAGUGGAGCCUUCCGUCGUCUCCUGUGCAUACGGAACAAGAUGAGCCAUGCCAGCCUUAACCUAAAGCAGUUCUCUGUGUUGAACCUCCGUUGGCCACUCAACCUGCCAUUGUUUGGCAUACUCUCCUUGGCGGUAGAAGCAAAGACGGUACCGGACAGUGUGAAGGAAUCCAUCAUGGAAUGCCUGGUGGAACAUGACCGCCAUUCAACGCCUCUUACCAAUGGCAGGUCCGUAUUGGACAAGCACCACCUCUCUCAGCAGCUCUCGUGGGCAUGCAUGGGCGAUAGUGUUGCCGAGGUCAUCCUCACGUGGCACAUCGCCACCAGCAUCUUGGAGGUGAAGCGACCUCCUCAGAGUAAGGAGGAAGCCUGGGGCAGAACGGCGACUAGGCUGUCCAAGUACUGUGCUUACUUGAUGGCCUUCCACCCGGAGCUACUGCCUGACAACCAGGAAAAGGCGGAGCGCGUCUUCGAGGACAUGAAGAAGGAGUUGAAGCGCGUGAUCGGGUGUCAGGCGUACUACUUCUCAUCGCAGCGCGCACGGGUGGAGAAGAUCAUGCAAAGCGCACCGGGUGUGAAUGAGAAUACCACGGAAACUGCUACAGGCCAGGGUGAUCAAAGCAGAGUUGUACUCAAUGGUGCGAAGCUAGGAAGGUCGCUAAUGGCCGAAGCUAACAAGUGGAAGGUAUUAGCGGAUGUGUGGACGGAGCUCAUCAUCUUUGUGGCGCCGUCGAACGAGGAGGACCGUGUGAAGGGGCAUGAGGAUGUCCUGGUGCAAGGAGGCGAGUUCGUCACCGUGGUUUGGGCGCUGACCACCCACAUCGGCGUAUCUAGGCCGCCGCCGACCAAGGCAUCGAGGACGACCGGUGCCCAGCCGGAAGCUUGAUCGAGGAGAAAACUGGCUCGUUCUGUAGAAUUGUGCUUCGCUCUGCGGCUACCUUUUGGCACAAUUGUUUGCAUGAGUGUGUGUUUGUGUUGGCGUGCUUUGUACUGCGUAGAGACUGCCUGUUUGGUUUCCUCAGCUCCUUCCAGUGAGAUCGAGGAGAUAUGUAUGUGGUGUCUAAUAUUACUGUUGGUUCAUUGUUUUGUGCAAAUUCAACAAUAUUUG